AUGUCAGGCGAGCUCUCCCUAUCGGCGCUUCUGAGCACUCUCAACCCAAAGAUACAACCCACGACUUUCGUCUGGGCAACUCUAGCAAACAGCACACUUUCGUCGCUUCCUGGUCCUCUAAUGGCGUCGGCCCUCUUCACCUUUGCCGAAUCCGAAGGUCUAAGCCUAAUCGUUCCUCAGGACAUCGCCAGAGAGCACAAUAUUCCAUACAUCUAUCCUUCACGGCAGAUUACAUUGGAUGUCCAUUCGAGUCUUGAAGCCGUUGGGUUUAUGGCGGCCAUCAGUGCAAGGCUGGCAAAGGCAGGAUUCAGUUCCAACCCUGUCAGCGCGUAUUUCCACGACCAUCUAUUUGUCAAGGUUGAAGAAGCGGAGAAGAUUGUGCAAGUCCUCAAGGACAUGGCGAGUGAGGCAGCAUAA